UGUCCCCGGCAGUUACUGUGCCGUUUUCUACAUGAGGAAGAACCAACCUGAGCGCGUUUCCUGAUAGUGAAACCUUUGGAGCUGGAAAACACCGGGAAAGGAUGUCUUCGAGUGACGAUGGGUAUGUGGUCCGAAUCAGAGGACUUCCCUGGAACUGCUCACGGGACGAAGUGGCCAGUUUCUUCUCUGACUGUGACAUCGUGGGCGGCGUGAGUGGAGUGUGUCUGACCUACACUAAAGAGGGCCGAUCCACCGGUGAGGCAUUUAUUGAGCUGAAAACAGCUGACGAUUACAAGAAUGCUCUUGCCAAGGAUCGUAAAUACAUGGGACACAGAUACGUGGAAGUGUUUAAGUCAAAACAUAGUGAAAUGGAAUGGGUGCUGAGACGUAGCGGCCCUCCUCCUGACAGCUGCAAUGGCUGCAUGCUAAAAUUAAGAGGACUCCCCUUUGGAUGUAGCAAGGAGGAGAUUGUCCAGUUCUUUUCAGGGUUCAGAAUCGUGCCAAAUGGGAUAACUCUGCCAGUGGACUACCAGGGGAGGAGCACAGGGGAAGCCUUCGUGCAGUUUGCCUCAAAGGAGAUAGCAGAAAAGGCUCUGGGGAAACACAAGGAAAGAAUAGGGCACAGGUACAUAGAAAUCUUUAAGAGCAGCCGCUGGGAGAUCAAAGCGCACUAUGACCUCCCCCGGCGGGGAACGUCAACCCAGAGGCCCGGGCCCUAUGACAGGCCGGUCAUAGCGGCGCCCCGGGGGAGCCUGUACGGGCCCGGACGCAGCGUGGGUCUACUGGACAACAUGAGGAGCGGAGGCGGCUACGGAGGAGGUUACAGCAGCUUUGACAGCUACAACGGUCUGAGUGAUUACAGUUACAGCGACGGGAUGUUUGACGACCGGAUGAGAGGAGACAGAGGAGGACGAGGAAUUGGAGGCCACGGUUAUAGUGGACAAUCCGAUAGCGGCUCAAGUUUCCACGGCGGCCAUUUUGUUCACAUGAGGGGUUUACCUUUUCGGGCCUCAGAGGGCGACGUUGCAAAAUUCUUCUCUCCUCUGAACCCGCUGAGGAUCCACAUCGACAUGGCGCCGAACGGGAAGCCGACCGGAGAGGCAGACGUGGAGUUUCGCUCCCAUGAAGAUGCUGUGGCCGCCAUGUCCAAAGACAAACACAACAUGCAGCAUCGCUACAUUGAGCUCUUCCUCAACUCAACGGCUAAUGGGGCAGGAGAGAUGAGCCGUGGGGGCGGCGGUUACUACGGCAGCUCAGGAGGAGGCGGAGGCUCCCGAAGCGGCGGGCUACGAGGCGUGUACUGAUGUCGCCCGACUCUCUUCAGAUCCACCCUGGAGUUUGUCUGCAUCUCUCAAGACCAGUUUUACUACAGUAUCACUUCUAAGCAGGAGAGCUGACAAGGAAGUCGCUUAUCGACUUUCACAAACGACAUCAUUUAGUGCAGAGCCGUGACACAGAUCCACCCCACAUAGAAGUUCAGUCUGCAGCUCUGGUUUCACACUGUACCUAAAGAUCUAAGAUGAAGGACAAAACUUUCUCCCUUUGCUAAGAUGUUAGCGCUUUAGUAUCUGCUGAACAUGUUUGUAUUUGACGGUUUGUUCUUCUUACAUUUUGUAUGAUAUUUGGGUAUUGUAAUACAAUUUAUCACAAAUAUAAAAGGACGUACUUACAAAGUGCAAUGAAAAGGUACAUUUCAGUUUGUAAUUUGACUUUGAAAACAUUUACAUUAUUUUAGAUUAGGAGCAUUAUACCAGUCAUAACUAAUAGAAACUAAUUGCACUUAAUGUUGUUUCGGUGCUGUGGGGAAAAAUAAUUCAUCCCAAAGAUUAGUGUUUUUUUGUUUGUUUUUUUAAAUUCACGACAAAAAUGCCACACUGCAGUGGGAAGACAGCGUAGUAAGGUCAAAGGUGAUCAGCUGAAAACAAUACGUUGUAAAGAUGUUCUUUAUAUUUGAUGUUUUUUAAAGGCUUUCUUUUUUAUUCUAGUAAGAAUACUUCCUUUGUUAGAUCAUCCUGACACUGAUAAAAACAGAUUUCAGAUCAGCUUUCCUGGUUUGAAAGGUUUCAAAAUUGUUUUUGUUUUUUAUUAAAUGUUUUCACAGUUCUUUACAGAAUUUAAAUCUUAAGUUGAAUAUGAUGUUCACUCCUAAUGAGUGGAAAUGAAAGAAAUUCUCUAUAUUUGAGCUGUAAGAUAGCCUAUGAAGCUGUUGUACAUUUGCUUAAUAAAUUUUGUAUUUAAUUGUC